AUGGUCGCUCAAGUUCAAAAGCCAGCUCCAACUUUCAAGAAGACUGCUGUCAUCGACGGUAUGUUCGAAGAAGUCUCCUUGGACAAAUACAAGGGUAAGUACGUUGUUCUUGCCUUUGUCCCAUUGGCUUUCACUUUCGUCUGCCCAACUGAGAUUGUUGCUUUCUCCGAAGCUGCUAAGAGAUUCGAAGCCUUGGACGCUCAAGUUUUGUUCGCCUCCACCGACUCUGAAUACUCUUUGUUGGCAUGGACUAAUGUUGCCAGAAAGGAUGGUGGUCUAGGUCCAGUUGACAUCCCAUUGUUGGCUGACACUAACCACAAGUUGUCCAGAGACUACGGUGUCUUGAUCGAAGACGAAGGUAUUGCUUUGAGAGGUUUGUUCAUCAUCGAUCCAAAGGGUAUCGUUAGACACAUUACCAUCAACGACUUGCCAGUCGGUAGAAACGUCGAAGAAUCCUUGAGAUUGGUCGAAGGUUUCCAAUGGACUGACAAGAACGGUACCGUUUUGCCAUGUAACUGGACCCCAGGUUCCGCUACUAUCAAGCCAACUGUUGAAGAUUCCAAGGAAUACUUCAAGGAAGCCAACUCCAAGAACUAA